AUGUCCGCCUCCAUCCCGAGCAGCCAGAAGCAGUGGCUCGUCCAGGGCACUGGCAAGAAGCUCGAAACGUUGGUUUUCCAAGACGCGCCGAUCCCCAAAGUCGGCGACAAUGACGUGCUUGUCAAGCUCCGCGGCGCCUCCUUGAACUUCCGCGACCUGAUUAUCCCACAGGGCAAAUACCCCUUCCCGCUGGAUCUCCCCGUGGUCGCCGGCUCAGACGGCGCGGGCGAGGUUGUGGCGGUCGGCUCCAAGGUGACGAAGUGGAAGGCGGGCGACAAGGUCGUGACCCUCUUCAACCAGGGCCAUCAGUCCGGCCCCGUGGAUGUGGCUGCCAGUAAGACGGGGCUUGGCGGUUGCAUUGACGGCACCCUGAGGCAGUACGGAGUUUUCAACGAGAACGGCGUCGUCCGCAUGCCCGACAACUUGGACUUUGUCGAGGCGGCGACGCUGACGUGCGCCGGCCUGACGAGCUGGAACGCGCUGUACGGUCUGAAGCCCGUUAAGAAGGGCGAGACGGUUCUGGUGCAGGGUACUGGUGGUGUUAGUCUGUUUGCUCUGCAGUUCGCCAAAGCUGCCGGCGCUACAGUCAUCGCCACCACCUCGUUGGCAGAAAAGGCAGAGCUUCUGAAGAAGCUCGGCGCCGACCAUGUCAUCAACUACCGCGAGGAUCCCAACUGGGGUGAGACCGCGCGCAAGCUGACCCCCAACGGAGAGGGCGUCGAGCAUGUCAUUGAGGUCGGCGGUGAGUCGACCAUGACGCAGAGUCUGGCAGCCAUCAAGAUGGAAGGCAUCAUCUCCAUCAUUGGCCUGCUGGGCGGCACGAGGCCCAAGGACAGCAUCAUGGAGGCCCUGUCGCGGGUGUGCGUCAUUCGUGGGGUGUAUGUUGGCUCGAGGACUCAGCUUGAGGAUAUGGUCAAGGCGACCGAGGAGCACAAUAUCCACCCGGUCGUGGACAAGACCGUCUUCACGCUUGACCAGGCAAAGGAGGCGUACGAGUACAUGCUGGCACAGAAGCAUUUCGGAAAGGUCGGCAUCAAGAUCGAGUAG